AUGACGAUGGGCGACAUGAUUCGGGUAUGGGACUUGAGUUCGGAUUUGCCACAUAGGCCUACUAUGAGCAGCUCGAGCCCACCUCAUUCUUCCUCGCAAUCCAGGUCUUUGCCGGCGUGUAGUUUACCACAGGAGUUGAAUGAGAUCCUUACGCCUGUGAUCAACAGGUUGACGAGCCCUCCAACGACUCCUAAGAUCCACGAAACAGUACCGGUAGCGAGUGGCGCUGAAUUUACCUUCACUGCAGCCCAGAAAAUGCGCAAAUCACAAGAGAGCCUCCUUGGCGAGUUUAUUCAUUGGGAUCAGUAUAGGCAGUCCAGCGAGUGCAUACCGCAAGCUGAACCUGCCACGGGCAUGGCUAUACAUUCGAGUGUUAGAAGGACAGACUUUACUAGCAGGGGGGAGCUGAAGAAGCAGGCUCGGAAGGGCAGGAUUGUAUUCCACAGGGGAUUUUUCGGAAGACGCUCUGGGGGAAGGCGGUAUAGCACAAGAAGUAGACGUCUAAGAAGCAAAGCGGAGCUCGAAGCGACUUUGGCUUACACCGAUUUGCGAUCUUUCCGCCCUGAUGACGUACUCUCUUCUAAGAAUGUCAUUAUCUAUCGACACAGAAGCAUUAUUCGCCGCUGUCCUGGCGUGAAGAUCGCUACAGAAGUUCCAAUCAAGAAAUAUGUCAAUGAUCUAACAACGAAAAAAUCAACCGGGGGACCAAAGAUCAGGAAACUGGCAAAGUCUACAAUAAAGCGGUCUAACACUUGUCCUGCUGCAGUACGAAACAUUAGGCGACGAUCCUACUCGCCAGAAGUCAGAGCUAUUCACAACUUGUGGGCGGAAUAUCUCUUUCUUGUGAUAGCUCAGCGGAUAGAGUUGCGAUUUUCAUUGUCAAGACGUAACUACGAAAUAUCUGACAAAAGGCUGAGCAGUGUCCGUUCCUUUAGCUCGACGACGUCAUCGCUUCUGAGCCUAGAUAAGAGGUUUGCGUCUUUACGAAUGAACUGCUAG